UCAGUUUCUCUUGAUUCCCAAGCGACUCAAAAAGGGGUUUUCUUUCCUCUUGCUUCUUACUUCUCCAAUCUCCAUGAAACACUAUUUGUAACUCUAAAUUUUCUAUUCAAUACUAACUAGUUUGGGUUUUCUUUGGGAUUUGAUUCUUAAAAAAUUGGCGGCUAAUAGUAAGAUGAAGGUCGUUGGAUUAGUUAGUGGCGGGAAAGAUAGCUGUUAUGCUAUGAUGAAGUGCAUCGAAUAUGGACAUGAGAUUGUUGCAUUGGCGAAUUUGAUGCCACUUGAUGACUCUGUUGAUGAAUUGGAUAGCUUCAUGUAUCAAACUGUGGGUCACCAAAUUGUGAUAGCCUAUGCAAAAUGCACGGGGUUGCCGUUGUUUCGAAGGCGAAUUCGUGGAUCCUCAAGGCAUCAAAACCUUAGUUAUAGAAUUACACAAGGUGAUGAAGUUGAAGAUCUUCACAUUUUGCUGGCUGAAGUUAAACGUCAAAUACCCUCUGUGACAGCGGUUUGUUCUGGUGCCAUCGCAUCUGACUAUCAAAGGCUACGGGUGGAAAGCAUCUGUACAAGGUUAGGGCUUGUUUCACUCGCAUAUUUAUGGAAACAAGAUCAGUCUUUGCUCCUUCAGGAUAUGAUAACAAAUGGGAUUAUUGCUAUCUUUGUAAAGGUUGCAGCCAUGGGAUUGGACCCUGCAAAGCACCUGGGAAAAGAGCUGGCGUUCAUGGAGCCUCAGCUGCAUCGAUUGAAAGAGUUGUACGGGUGCAAUGUAUGUGGUGAAGGAGGAGAAUACGAAACUCUAACGCUUGACUGCCCUCUUUUUAAAAUUGCCCGAAUUGUGCUCGAUGAUUUUCAAGUUAUACUUCACUCUUCGGAUCCCAUAGCUCCUCCGGGAGUCCUGCAUCCCGUUUCGUUUCACUUAGAAAACAAAACGGUAUCCACUUCUAUCAGUUGCAGUAAUGGAACAGGUGAUGCAUGGUUAGAUGGAACGUACUCCGUAAAUGAGGUGCAAGGAGAUUAUGUGCCAAAACAUGAGAAGAAGUGUAAAUCUCAAGAUUUAACUUCAACUUAUGAUGUAGUACCCGAGCUUAAGCUUCAAAUAUCAAGAACUAGACGGCACGCCGCAUUUUCCAUAGGAUGUGGGAUUGAUAAUUCCUGUAAAACCUCAAAAGGUCUGCAAGAAGAUCUGGUUGGUGCUCUAAAGAAAAUUGAAUCACAAUUGAUCAAUGAUGGUUUGGGUUGGUUGAAUGUGUUGUAUAUUCAUCUCUAUGUUGCUGAUAUGAAUGAGUUUGCACUGGCGAAUGAAACAUAUGUGAGUUUUAUUACAGAGGAAAAAUGCAGCUUGGGUGUCCCAUCUCGUAGUACAAUUGAGCUGCCACUGAUGCAAGUUAGUCUGGGGAGAGCAUAUGUUGAAGUUUUAGUGGCUAAUGACCAGAGCAAAAGAGUUUUGCAUGUGCAGAGUAUUUCAUGCUGGGCACCCAGUUGUAUUGGGCCAUACAGCCAGGCAACUUUGCAUAAAGAAGUACUUUAUAUGGCUGGGCAGUUAGGACUUGAUCCACCCACAAUGAAGCUUUGUAGUGGGGGGCCAACUGCAGAAACGGAACAAGCCCUGGAAAACUCUGAAGCAGUGGCUGAGAGUUUUAACUGCUCCAUAGCUUCUUCUGCAAUUCUCUUUGUCAUUUACUGCUCGGCAUCCACAACAUGCUCCGAAAGGAGUGAAAUUCAGGGAAAACAUGAAGCCUUCCUUGAACAAAGAAGAUCUUUGGAGUCAGACCAUGUAUCUGAAUUCGUUAAACCCAUUGUUCUCUAUGUUCUUUCACCUAACUUACCCAAAAGUGCACUUGUAGAAAUAAAGCCUGUCCUAUAUGUUCCAGAAGACAACAGCAACGAAAUUGAAUGUGACAAGCAGGAUCUGUCAAUUUUAAUGAUUCCAAACUACUGGGACUUUGACAUCUCACUCUCACAUGAUUCUUGCUCCCAGAAAUAUGUUGUUCAUGGAAAGAUAUGUGCAGUCACACUGAGUAUUGAUAGGGAACUUGCAGCAAAGAUCUGUUCUGAAUCUUUAGAUGCUGAACAGGGGCCGUUAAUCGCCAAGUGUUUCGGGACAGGGAAACACUUGAAAAGAAUAGCUAGAUUGUGCAUUUAUCUACUUGACAAAACCCUUCUUGAGAAUGGCUUCACCUGGGAAGACAUAAUGAAUUUGAGGUUCUACUUCCCCACAAGCCUUUGUGUUCCUGCCGGCACGUUGUUCCAUAUUUUUACUGGUGCAUUCAACGAAUUUGCAAAGAUGAGUAAGAGGAUUGGAGUAAUGAAUAACAAGGAGCCAAUUUUUAACCUAAUUCCAGUCCUUGGUUCUGGUAGAUCUGCUGCAUCCAUGGAUGAUUUGGUGACCUGUGAACUUUUCGCCUCCAAGCACUAAAACUCUAAUAUCAUGCACGUCGAAGGUGUGAAGCUCAACAUAUAACAAUAUGUCACAUUGCUUCUAUAUUAUUUUUAUUGUUCUUCUAUGCAUCUCGGAAAAGUGAGCAUAAAACCAACCUUUUCCAUUGUCUGAUUUGGUUAUUAAUUAUUCAUUUUUAACCCGAUAUUUAUGUAGUUUUGCCGUCUUAAGAUUUGAGAAGAUUUUCCUGUCA